CCGGGAGACCUGUUAAGUUGUCAAGAGACUGUACUGAUAUAAACGAUGGUAAUACGAAAAGUGGAGUUUAUACAAUAUACCCAGAACAUAUUCAUCCUGUGAAAGCCUAUUGUAACAUGGACGUCGAUGGCGGAAGGUGGACCGUAAUACAAAGACGACAAGAUGACUUUACUGAUUUUUAUAGAACUUGGUCAGACUAUAAAAAUGGAUUUGGAAGUCUGAAUGGCAGUUUUUGGUUAGGAAACGACAAUAUUCACAAGUUAACUUCUAGUGGCCGGUAUGAAUUACGAGUGGAUUUAAGUGACUGGGAAGGAGGAACAUGGUACGCUAUCUACAAGACUUUCAAAGUAGAAAACGAAUCAUCAAAAUAUGAACUGACUGUAAGUGGUUACAGUGGCACAGCAGAUGAUCGUCUGACGUAUCAUAAUGGCUGUAAGUUCUCGACAAUGGACCAAGAUAAUGAUUACGAUAAACGUGACUGUGCAAAAAAGGCCAAGGGUGGAUGGUGGUAUAAAACUUGUCAUCAAUCAAAUCUAAACGGUAUCUACAAAAAAGGAUUAUCAGAUGAAUGGACCGCUGUAUCCUGGUCUAAAAAUGCAAGAGGAACGCAACAUCAUUAUCUAAAGUUUGCACGCAUGAUGAUAAGAAGAUACUAAUAUCUAUGUUUAUGGUGACAAGAUAUUGGAUGCAUUCAACAGUUUCUAAUUUGUCAAUGAAUUCAAAGUACUCUUGAAGUAAUACACUUCUCUGAAAAGGUUAUCUGUUUAUUAAGUAACAUAUUCGGAACAAUUUGUUGGCCUACGACAAUAACGAAAAUUAAAAUGAUUGUUUUAAUGUUUUGAACGUAAAACUCACUGACGCGCUUUUGGUCUACAAAAGACUC